UCAGCUGUUGUGAGCUUGUACGCUGUGAUCCGAGGAUCAGCUGGGCGAAGCAAUAACAGCCAGGACAAAAACAACACAAAUACAUUAAUGCACCAGAAACAGGUUUCAACAAGCAACAGGAAAAAGCCUGCACUUUUAAACCGUCGUGUAGUUUAAAAGUAAUUUCUUCUAAGAAGAAAGUGUGUUUUUAUUGUUAUUCUAAUUAUUUCCAUGUUAAUGUGAUCCUGGUGCAUUAACACUACCUCAUACUGAACCUGGGGCUUUAAGGCUUUUGUCGUGCUUUUUACUGUUUCGUCCACACGUUUACACGUUUUUUUUUUGGUGCUCCAGCAAAGGCAGGCGGAGCUAACUGCGCCAAUGACGUCAACACUUUGCGCCGCCCCACGACGCCCCGCCCACACGGACGCUUUUGGCUGAAUCCCAAAUGGCUGCCUGUGUUGUGUUUUUGAACAGAUAUAAUACAGCCUUUGCAGUAAUAAAAAAGACUAUAAACUUGCACUUCAAGAGUUAAUCGACUCUUUCAAGGUUCCUUCCACCAACAAGGGCUUGACAAGAAAAGACACCAAUAAGACACCGUGCUGGUUCUUCAAACCUGCCACAGAAGACCAUCAGCAUUAUCAACUGUAGAUCGGCGCCUUUUUCAAGACAAAUUCCAAGGCAGCUCUCCCUCAGGAUAUCUCAACAACCUGCCCUUUGACCUUCAAGGCAACCAUGUUCCAGCGACUGAGCAACCUGCUGUUCGGAGCGGUGGAGGACGUCUCUGCCGAGAUCAGUGGACCCAAGCCCUGUGUGUCCGAGGUAGACGAUGAGGGAUGGCUUCUGGUCAGUGUACCUGGUGACAGAAACUGUACCACAUUGAGUGAGGAUGGGGCGGAGGUCCCGUCGAUAGCACAGUCUCUUCCACAUAGUGAAUGUCAGAGGGUGGAGUCUGGAUGUGAUAUAGCCACUCCCCCCUCUUGUACAGGUGACCCCGCCCCUUUCUCAUGCAAACGGCGCAGGACUAGAGCAGGCCGCUCCCAGGCGGUGUGUCCACCCUCAUCUCGUUCCCUUCGCCCCCGACUUUCUCCCGACUCUCCCUCCCCUCUUGGGUCAGGCGGAGCGAAUGCGCUGUCUGACCCCACCUCCUGUGGGUUGGAUGAGAGCUGGUUCAUCACUCCUCCACCCUGUUUCACUGCAGAGGGAGCGCCAGCUGAGGCCAGCCCCAUGGAGGACUUGCUCAUCGAGCAUCCUAGCAUGUCCGUCUACGUCUCCUCGUCCAACCUGGAGCAGAGUACAGCCAACAUGGCUGACAGCGUGAGCAGGAUGACUGAAUCCACCCCUGCCCCCGUUCCCACUCGGCUGGUGCGAGGAUCGGCAUGUCAGGCGGUUCCUCUUGCCAAAGUGACUCAGGUGAGCCGUGUUCAGAGGGCCAAAGCCCGCGUGGAGCGCCGUCACCUGGGCCGCGGUCGCAUGCAGCGCCAAAACCGCGUCCGCCAGCAGAUCCCUCGCACCGUGGCUCACACACGCAGCUCUUUCCUGCACCAACCGUGCCAGCGCAACCUCUGCCACUGAGCCACCCGGAUCCCAGAGUUUCAUCACCACGUUCACCAAACCUCCAUCAUCCCACAUCACCUAUCAUACCAAGACUUCAGCAUCCUCCACCAAAGCCCUCAUUUUCCGCUAGCGUUUUCACGUUACUCCAAUCACCGUCAGGAGUAGUUUU